CAAAACGAAAAUUAAAACUAGAAUAGUUCAUAAACCUUGCCCAUGUGGCUGCUGGAAUCAGUACUCUACACAAGAUUAUAAUUAUUUCCCAAGAUGCACACCCUGCAUUCCAAUUGAUAUUUUAAUAACUUGAUUAAAAAUUUCUCAGAAGUCUAUUAGAGUCAGGAAACGGGCUGCGGUAUAGGUGAGGAUUUUUGCUUUUGCAACGGAAAACUUUUGGCUUCCAUGAAUAGAAUUCGUAGCAAAAACUCAAUUUACAUGUGUUCUUCCUCCAUCUUUGCCUAAUUCAAAAGUAAAAAGUGAGAACCUGUUUGGAACUGAUCAUUUCAGGCUUGCUCUUUGUUCCUUUUAGAACAGCCAGGUAGAUUCACAUGAUCCAAUUUUUAAACUGUCUUCUUGUUUUCCACAUCAAGUAAAUUCAGAUGCUCUAUCACAACCAGAGAGAUUUAAAUUUUUGUUUUAAAUUGCAACCUUCCAAGGCCAGAGUGGGGGUAAGGGAUUAAAAAGAACAGUAUUUUAAUUAAAGAAAAAAAAAAUCAGUAACUUAAGGGUUUUAGGAUAUGAUCAGCCAUUUCUUAAUUAAGAAAUGAGUUUGACAACCCUUUGGCCGGCUUGUACACAGUGUUAUGAAAACCCUAAAGGCUGAUCGCUGUUCAAGCGACAAAACUCCAUUCCCCGAGGGACCCCGGGCAUCCCUUCUUGGCCGCCGAAGUCCCUGGAGUCCUUCUCUACUCGCAGACGCCGAGCUUCCCGGGGUCGGUGUCCUCCAAGCGAAGCGUGGCGCGGAGCCGGCUGCCGCAGGCUCGCCGCCACCAUGUCCUGCAGAUACCUUUUCCCUCCCCGGAGCCCCAGCGUGCCGCCGCCUCCUCGCCUCCCUCCCUCCUGCCGGCGGGGCCUGCACAGCGCUCGGGACCAGCAGCCGGGCAGCGGCGGCAGGAAGCAGAGCCCUUGUUGAUGCCGUUCCGUGGCGCGUCCCCCCGCCCUCCGGCGGCCGCCCGGCUCUUCCCGGCUGCCGCACGCCUCCCUCCGCGCCUGCGCACUGCUCCGCGGGGGGCGGGGCUCAGAUUCCUGUCAGCGGCAGCGGCGGCGGCGGUGGCGGCGACCGUCAGUUUUCGCUGAGGAGGAGCACGAAACGGACCCGUUGGUUCUCUCCCCUCCCUCUCCCCGCCCCGAACCUCUCUCCUGGCUCGCCGGGAGUCAGUCCCCGUGGAGUUUCCCUCCUGCCGCCGUUUCAUCGGUCCUCGACCCGGUGGAAGUCAACUGCCCUCGAAGAGGAGGCAGCGGCAGCCCGCCCUCGCCGCCCCCCGGUUCGGCGCCCGCGGUCCCGGAGAGGAGGUGCCGCCGCCACCGCCGCUCCCCCCUCUCGCUGCCUUCGGGCCGGGCUGGGUCGAGCUGCGAUGCCCUCGGACUUCAUCUCAUUGCUCAGCGCGGACCUAGACCUGGAAUCGCCCAAGUCCCUGUACUCGCGAGAUUCUCUGAAGUUACACUCAUCACAGAAUUUUCAUAGAGCUGGACCAUUGGAAGAAUCUGUCUAUGAUCUUCUCCCAAAGGAGUUACAGUUACCUCCAUCUAGAGAAACAUCUGUAGCAUCAAUGAGUCAGACAAGCGGUGGUGAGGCAGGCUCGCCUCCUCCAGCUGUAGUUGCUGCCGAUGCUUCUUCAGCUCCCUCCUCUUCCUCCAUGGGCGGUGCUUGCAGCUCCUUUACCACCUCUUCCAGCCCUACCAUUUAUUCUACCUCAGUCACCGACAGCAAGGCUAUGCAAGUGGAGAGCUGCUCCUCAGCCGUGGGGGUAAGUAACAGAGGGGUAAGUGAAAAGCAGUUAACCAGUAACACAGUUCAGCAGCAUCCAUCAACCCCGAAGAGGCACACAGUUUUGUACAUCUCACCACCACCUGAGGACUUGCUGGAUAACAGUCGGAUGUCCUGCCAGGAUGAGGGGUGUGGAUUGGAAUCUGAGCAGAGCUGCAGUAUGUGGAUGGAGGAUUCCCCCUCCAACUUCAGUAACAUGAGCACCAGUUCCUACAAUGAUAACACUGAGUGCCAAAGCACCUCACUAUGUGCUUUCUCAGCUUACUACGGACAGCAAAGGCAACUCAAAAGCUGGAAAUGGAUAUAUCUUAGAAAUGAUUUGAGGUUACCCAGGGAAAGUAUAAUGACAUUGGUUCAUGGAGCAGAAACUCCAUCAAGCAGCAGAAGAAGUGUCCAGCUUCUUAGAACAUUAGACAACCAAAAAGGAACAGGAGUAAAGAAGAGUCCUAUGUUAUGUGGACAGUAUCCUGUUAAAAGUGAAGGAAAGGAGCUGAAAAUAGUUGUACAACCUGAGACCCAGCACCGAGCUCGGUACCUGACAGAGGGCAGCCGUGGCUCAGUAAAAGAUAGAACUCAACAAGGCUUUCCUACAGUAAAGCUGGAAGGCCAUAAUGAGCCAGUAGUGUUACAGGUGUUUGUGGGCAAUGACUCUGGUCGAGUGAAACCACAUGGAUUUUAUCAGGCCUGUAGAGUAACUGGACGAAAUACCACUCCCUGCAAAGAAGUAGACAUUGAAGGCACUACUGUUAUAGAAGUUGGCCUUGAUCCUAGCAACAACAUGACACUGGCGGUGGACUGUGUAGGGAUAUUAAAGUUGAGGAAUGCUGAUGUUGAAGCCAGAAUAGGAAUUGCUGGUUCCAAGAAGAAAAGCACUCGAGCCAGACUGGUUUUUCGAGUUAACAUCACAAGGAAAGAUGGCUCCACUUUGACCUUGCAAACACCCUCUUCUCCAAUUUUGUGUACUCAGCCAGCAGGAGUACCAGAGAUCUUAAAGAAAAGCUUACAUAGUUGUUCAGUGAAAGGAGAGGAAGAAGUGUUUUUAAUCGGCAAGAACUUUCUUAAAGGAACUAAAGUUAUUUUCCAAGAAAAUGUUUCUGAUGAAAACUCUUGGAAAUCAGAAGCUGAAAUCGACAUGGAAUUAUUUCAUCAGAACCAUCUCAUCGUCAAGGUUCCUCCAUAUCAUGACCAACAUAUAACUUUGCCUGUAUCUGUUGGAAUAUAUGUAGUGACCAAUGCUGGAAGAUCCCAUGAUGUUCAGCCAUUCACUUACACUCCAGACCCAGCAACAGCUGGUACUUUGAAUGUAACUGUGAAGAAGGAAAUAUCUAGUCCAGCAAGACCUUGCUCUUUUGAAGAGGCCAUGAAAGCGAUGAAAACUACCGGAUGUAACUUAGAUAAGGUAAAUAUUCUUCCUAAUGCCCUGAUCACUCCACUGAUAUCAAGCAGUAUGAUUAAGAGUGAAGAUGUUACUCCAAUGGAAAUAACAGCAGAAAAAAGAUCAUCACCUAUUUUUAAGACUACAAAGACAGUUGGAUCAACUCAGCAAACUUUAGAAAAUAUUUCUAACAUACCAGGAAAUCCAUCCUUUUCAUCUCCAUCAUCUUCCCACUUACCUUCGGAAAAUGAAAAGCAGCAGCAGCUUCAGCCCAAGGCAUACAAUCCAGAAACUCUGACUACUAUCCAAACACAGGACAUAUCACAGUCUGGUACCUUUCCAACAGUUUCUGCCUCUAGUCAGCUACCUGGCACUGAGGCAUUACUCCAGCAGGCUACACAGUUUCAGGCAAGAGAAACUCAAUCUAGAGAAGUAUUACAGUCAGAUGGUACAGUGGUUAAUUUGUCGCAGCUGACUGAGGCCUCACAACAACAGCAGCAGUCACCACUACAAGAACAAGCACAGACUUUACAGCAGCAGAUUUCAUCAAAUAUUUUUCCAUCACCGAAUAGUGUGAGUCAGCUACAGAAUACUAUUCAGCAGUUACAAGCAGGAAGUUUUACAGGCAGUACUGCUAGUAGCAACAGUGGAAGUGUGGACUUGGUCCAGCAAGUUUUAGAGGCACAACAACAGUUAUCUUCAGUUUUAUUUUCUGCUCCAGAUGGUAAUGAGAAUGUUCAAGAACAGCUCAGUGCAGGUAUUUUUCAACAAGUCAGUCAAAUUCAAAAUAGUGUAAGUCCUGCAAUGUUUUCCUCGACAGAAUCAGCAGUUCACACCAGACAAGAUAAUUUAAUACCUGGAAGAGCUGAAAGCGUUCAUCCACAGGCUGAAAGCACACUGUCUAAUCAGCAACAGCAGCAACAGCAACAGCAAGUGAUGGAACCAUCAGCUGCAAUGGUGAUGGAAAUGCAACAAAGUAUUUGCCAAGCAGCUGCCCAGAUUCAGUCAGAGUUAUUUCCUUCAACUCCUUCAGCAAAUGGAAACCUUCAACAGUCUCCAGUUUACCAGCAGCCUUCUCACAUGAUGAGUGCAUUAUCUACCAAUGAUGACAUACAAAUGCAGUGUGAAUUGUUUUCUACUCCUCCUGCAGUUUCUGGAAAUGAAACUUCUACAACCACCACACAGCAAGUUUCCACCCCUGGCACUACCAUGUUUCCAACACCAAGUUCAGGAGAUGGAGAAGAAACAGGAGCACAAGCAAAACAAAUUCAGAACAGUGUCUUUCAGACCAUGGUCCAAAUGCAACAUAGUGGGGACAACCAGCCUCAAGUUAACCUUUUUUCAUCUACAAAAAGCAUGAUGAGUGUUCAGAGUAGUGGUACCCAGCAACAAGGUAAUGGUUUAUUCCAGCAAGGAAAUGACAUGAUGUCACUUCAGUCUGGGAAUUUUUUGCCGCAGUCUUCUCACUCACAGGCUCAACUUUUUCAUCCUCAAAAUCCUAUUGCUGAUGCUCAAAAUCUUAGCCAGGAAGCUCAAGGUUCUAUUUUUCAUAGUCCAAAUCCUAUUGUUCACAGUCAGACUUCUACACCAUCCUCUGAACAAAUGCAGCCCCCAAUGUUUCAUUCUCAGAGUACCAUUGCUGUGUUGCAAGGCUCUUCAGUUCCACAAGACCAGCAGUCACCCAACAUAUUUCUUUCCCAGAGUCCUAUGAAUAAUCUUCAAACUAGCACAGUAGCCCAAGAAGAACAGAUGUCAUUUUUUGCACAGAACUCAAUUUCCCCACUUCAGUCAACAUCAAAUACUGAACAGCAAGCUGCUUUCCAACAACAGUCUCCAAUAUCACACAUCCAGAACCCUCUGCUUUCCCAAGAUCAGGCUCAGUCUUCCCAGCAAGGUUUAUUUCAGCCUCAGGUGUCACUGGGCUCCCUUCCACCUAAUCCAAUGCCUCAGAACCAACAAGGAGCAAUUUUCCAGGCACAGCACUCAAUAGUGGCCAUGCAGAGUAACUCUCCAUCUCAGGAGCAGCAGCCACAACAACAGCAGCAGCAGCAACAACAGCAGCAGCAGCAGCAGCAGCAAAAUAUUUUAUUCAGUAAUCAGAAUACCAUGGCUUCAAUGGCAUCUCAAAAGCAACCGCCAAACAUGAUAUUUAGCCCAAAUCAAAAUCCAAUGGCUAGUCAGGAGCAACAGAACCAGUCAAUUUUUCACCAACAAAGUAAUAUGGCCUCAAUGAAUCAAGAGCAACAGCCCAUGCAAUUUCAGAAUCAGCCCACAGUUUCCUCACUUCAGAAUCCUGGUCCUACUCAGUCUGAGUCUUCACAGACCUCCUUGUUCCAUAGCUCUCCCCAGAUUCAGUUGGUACAAGGGUCACCUAGUUCUCAAGAGCAGCAAGUUACACUCUUUCUGUCUCCAGCAUCUAUGUCUGCUUUGCAGACCAGUAUAAGCCAACAAGACAUGCAGCAGUCUUCUCUUUAUUCCUCUCAAAACAACUUGCCUGGAAUCCAGGGAGCUACAUCUUCACCUCAACCACAGUCUACUUUAUUUCACAACACUGCAGGGGGCACAAUGAACCAACUACAGAAUUCUGGCUCCUCUCAGCCGACUUCAGGAAUGUUCUUAUUUGGCAUUCAGAAUAACUGUAGUCAGCUUUUAACCUCUGGACCAGGUACACUGCCAGAGCAGUUGAUGGCCAUAAGUCAGCCAGGCCAGCCACAAACCGAGGGCCAGUCACCUGUGACGACACUUCUUUCUCAGCAAAUGCCUGAGAAUUCUCCACUGGCAUCCUCUAUAAAUGCCAACCAGAACAUUGAAAAGAUUGAUUUGCUUGUUUCUCUGCAAAACCAAGGGAACAACUUGACUGGCUCCUUUUAACUGGAUAUAAAUUCCUUGGGGAAAAAAUCGUGAUUCCAAGAUGUCCGGAGAUCGUGUGGUCCGUGAAGCUUACUGAACUAUAUUACUUUGAAAACAAAAUAUAAAAAACUUGAGUACAUGGUUAGAUUUUCUUCUUACUGCAGAAGAGCAUACCUAUGCUAUCUGUUGCAUAAUUAACCACCAAUGUUAACAUCUUCAUAUUUUAUAUUCCUAAUAACAGUGAUGACUGGGAAUCUGUUGAAUUUCUGACAGAAAUAAUUGUUGCCAUUUUCCUAGGCACAGUUUCUUUAAAAGUGCAGUUUAAAUUCAAAGUUGAACCACUCAGUUAUUAUUGCUAUUAGAAAAUAUUUGUCAUGUUUACUUUUGGUCAUUUUCUUUAUUGCAUUAUUUUAGUCAUAAGUUUUAUGAAAGUUCAUUAACUAAGGCUAUAUAUAUAUAUAUAUAUAUAUAUAUAUGUAUAUAUAUUACAGCUGUUGGCCAAAGUGAAGGAAUCUUUCAUUUUUAUGGAGAAGUUGAAGGGAUAACAUUCUGACAAGUUGUAUUAAGAACUCUACACAAAUAAGAGAACUCUAGAAUAAAUACAAAAGCAGAUAAUAACAUACUUUACAAAACUGGAGACAGCUGGAAUGCUAUUGAUUUUGUUUGUUAGAGUUAGUUUUCCGUAUUUCUACUAAGUGGUUUAGCCAUAACUGCAUAGAAAAUGGUUACUUUGCUCUAUGAAAAAAUGCAGAGGGGAAUAAUACAUAGUAAAUUAUGUUCUGAUACCCUCUUACAGCUGUAACCGACAGUAAUUUAGUCUGUUUUCUUCUUAACCCAGUCUUGGGCUGAAAUUCUCUUUUAUAUACAUCUCUGUUACUUUCCACUUAAAUUAGACAACUAUUAAUAUACUACUAUGACCCUGUAGCAAGUAAAAGGGAAAGGCCACUUUGACCCGGGGUGACCUAGCAACUCUGCAGUGCAGAGCACGAACUUUUUAGAAAUUAUUGGGAGCCAGUUGCUGAAAAAAAUAGUGCAUCUAUCCCCCAUACCCCAUCCCCAUGAACGGUGCUGUCCUGAAGUCUUUAAAUUUUCCCCUCUAAUAGAAAACAGUAUAGUGCUUGUUUCAGCAGCACAUAUAAUAAUUAUGAAAAAUGGUGUAAAUUUCAUUUAAAAAACAAAGGCAAACUAAAAUUUCUCUUGAAACAUCUUUUCCCUGAGCUGCAGUGAAUAUAAUUCAUUUGUUACCUCAGUGCUUUAAAGUUUAAGAGGUCACUUACCUGAUGGCUCCCACAAGCCUUAGGCUUCAUAGGGUCAUAUCAUUGACUUAAAAUGAAUUGUACUAACUUGUGUUACAUCUAUAAAGAGCAAAAUAACACACUCCAGAACUUGCAGAUGUAGCGUUAGUUAUACAGUUUUGGGUGUUCUUGCCACCCAUGGGAUGCCUGCUUCUAACUACCGCCUGUGUCUGGAUAUGUGCUUAUGUCUCAUUUUCAUUUGGGCAUGUGGAAAGCUGUCAAUGCAGUGUAAGACCAACAUGUGUGUGUGGCUUCUAUGUAUUGAUAUAAAGUUUUGGUGUCCUUGUCCAUUCGUUUUUAAAUGUACAAAAAAAUAGCCUGUUAAUUGUUGUUAGAGGCUACUUUUCUGUUUGAUAUUUUUUCUCCCCUCUUCCUAUCCUAUAAAUUUAAAUGUCCUGUGUGAAAUUUUGGUGUUGGUUUUGUUUAUAUAGCUAGAUUUUACCCUUUCUGUGAUGUCUUCCUUUGUUCUCUGAAUGUGCUCUUCUGUUUUUCUCUUUAUUCUCCUCUAUACUUCCUUCCACUCCCCACUUUCUUUCUUUCUCUCUCUCUCUGAUUGAGAGGUAUUGAAUUACGUUUUCAGUAGUACAGGCUUCUUGCCGAUAUGAAGGGAACUUUUCAGAAAGAGACCUACUCUGGGUCAUUUAAUUUUGAAUACAGUUUUCAAUCGUUCAAGUUUUGGAUGGUUUAUAUCUAAUGUGUGUUUCAUUUUUUUGGAAAGCUAUAUUUUGUAUUUAGGAAAUGGUAUACUAUUUUGCUAUUUGUACUGAGUGAGUACAUUGGCAUAAAUAUAGAAAUUUAUAUAUAUACAUAUAUAUAAACUAUUCUUUUUGCCACACAUUUUUGUGGUAAAUUUGUGAGUUUGUCUGAUGUUCUACCACAACGUGGCGUCUGAUAACAGUGAGGGGGGGGUUUGUUAUGUCUUUAUUGAGUAUUUAAGUACCUUUUGAAACAAAUGACCUGUUCAUCUGUAGCCAUUCCAUCAGGCAGUUCCUUGAUGUUAUUAGUGGGCUAAAGGCAGCUUUCUGUACGUUUGCUGGAUCUUUGACUCAGCAAAAAGUUAAUGAGUAAGGAAACCUAUUGAGACAGUUGUAUCAAUUGGUGUUUCACAAGAAUGAGCCAUUCAGUCUUUGCUCACCAUAUAUUUAAUAUUUUAUUAUUGUUAUUGUUAAUUGGCUUUCUGUAUUCUAUGCCUUUUAUUUAUAAAAACACUAAAAAAAACCCAUUGUUUGUAAUUUUAAUAACAUUUUCCCCCUCUUGUAAUAGCUAGAACUACUUUAUAAAUUCUCUGAACCAAAAGUAUUUUUCUCAGUAUAUCUCUUUCCCUGCCCCUUAUCAGGAAAAAUUACUCAGUAUAGUUCAGGUUAUAAGGAGGAUUAGCCACACAAUCCAGUGCUUCAGUUUUAAAAUGUAAAACUCUAACCCUAGAGAGCUGCCUAUUAUGUCUGAGAAAGCAAACCCAGCAGGUAUUAAAAAAGAAAUAAUUUUCUAAACACUAUACAUUUAUCUCUGAAUUUGCUUCUGAGAUUAGGUAGGAUACUCAAGUGUAUUUGUUCAUCAACUUCCAGUUAGAAAGUGUGUUAAUAUUGCACCAUGAAUGAAGUGGUAGCAAGAAGACUGGCUUGUGUGGUGCUUCUGUUCUGUGAUUGAGCAAGAGGUCUAUCCUUUCAAAAUACUGAUUGGCAAUGCCAAGUCACUGGGACCAAUUUUCUGUUUUAUAAUAAUCUAGGUUUGGAACAGAACAUACACCUGAACUGUAGUGGUUUGAUUAGAUGGAGGCAUAAAACCCAAUUUUUAUUCUCAUAAAUUUUGUGGUUAUUUAUACAAGGGCUGUGAUAUGCUACCAUAUUCUUAAUAAUUAUUGAUAGCUUUUUGUUUCUUUUUUUUUUCCUUUUUGUUUUUUAAACAUUGUUAAAUGUUCCUUACCCCUAAAAGUCAAUUUAGGUUCAACAUUUUGAAUAUAUGAUUUGGUUACAAAGAGUAUUUGUCUUUUUAUUGAAGAAUUAGCUCAGUGGUUGAUACUUAUGCUAAUAAUGCAGUUUCCUAAUUACUGUUACAAGUUACAGCUAGAAACUGUAGACAACUCAGUGAGCCAGCAAAGGCCUUGGAAACAACAAUUUAUUAAUUUAUGGCAGAAAGACCAAAAUAAACUGUGAACUACAUGUUUUUAAUGCUGUUACAUUCAAUUAUUCUUGCUUUCAGCAACCCACACAAAUGCUUGGAGCUUAUCUCUGUGUCUGUCUCUAUGUGAGUUAUUCCUUAUCAUUCCAUUAUAUAUCUACACCAAUAGAAGAUAAUUAGAAGUCAUAUUUUGCUUCUGAGUUUUAUCGUAUUAAUAUAAGAGUAUCACAUUACUUAGGAUUUAGAAGCUCAUGUUGUUAGUUAGCCAAUGAAGUUCUGUUUUAUCUAUUCUCCCUAGAACAGGUUUUAAAGGGCUUUAUUCAUUGUAGAAGUACUAUUUGUAAGGGACCUUCCUUCGUUCACCUCCUUCCUCUUCUUCUCCCCCAUCUCUUCCUUCUUUCCCUCAUUUUCUUUCCAACAUUCUUUGCUUUUUUUUUAUAUAAUGUGCUUGAAAUUUCAUUAGAAUGUAUUUCUUGCCCAUCAAAACUUUGGCUAAUCUUCCCAGGAAAAAUAAUGUCAAAGGAAAUAAGGAAGAUGAUGUAUCUGUGUCCCUUCAAAACUAAAAUAAUUCCUUUUGCCCUUUUAAGCCACUAUAUAUGCUUGUUUCAGAAAAGUGAAGUCUAGCAGAUACAUCAACAAAGAAAGACCAGAAUAAAAUAAGUUACUAAUUAAAUUGGUAAAUUUGACAUAGUUAUAAAUAUUUAUUAGGAAUAAUUGAGAAUUUUUCAUCUUUUUGUUAAAAUUUUUCUCAUCUGAUAUCUAUUUCUUGAUUAUUUAAAACUAACUGGAAAUCAUAUGAGACCUAUCUUAACCAAUAGGUUUCUUACCUAACCAAAACAGCCAUUGUAUAUCUGCAUGCCUUUGGUUAUUCAGAAGGACUUAAUGAAAGGGAAACUGUAAUUCAGCAGAUAGAUUAGAGAAAUAACUCAGGGGCUGUGUAUAGCUCAGUGGUAGAGCACUUGCCUAGCAUGUGCCAGACCCUGAGUUUCAUACCCAGCAGUACCAAAAGAAAAAAGAAAUUCAGUACAUAUCCUAGUAAAUGGAUUAGUAGAAUCUCAUAUAUUAAAAAAGAGGUUUUCCGUUCUGCCUAUUUGUGUCACUAGAGCUAAAAUGUAGAUAUUGUUAUAGUGUACUAUCAGGAUAGUCUACAAUAUCUUUUAUGAAUGAUACUCAGAAAUGCUCUAAUUACUUUUUUAAAAUUUAUUUUAAUAUUUGAAGUCUCAUUUAUUAAUAAAAUUUUGUUUUUAUUCCACUUGCCUUUCAGGAGAUUUUUUACAUUUGUAUCCAGAUGAAAUUGUUUAUGGAAAAGUGCCUUUUUACCAUGAUAGUGCCCCUUUCUUACUUCAUUUAUCACAAUCACCAAAAACAUGUAACAACUGGUUUUUUUUGUUUUGUUUUGUUUUUUGGGUUUUUUUUUUUAUACUUCAUAUGUUCCUUUGACUUAAGAAUAGCAGGAGAGAUGCAUUGCUAGAAUUGGUCCUUACAGGAGAGUUAAGAUGAGAGUUAAGAUUACUGAUUAGGCUUAUAUAAAUUUGUCUUCCUCUCAAAAAAUAAGCAACAAGCCUUGAAUACUAGUGAAAUUUUUACUAUAUAUAUGAGAGGACUUGUACACAAAUGGGUGUAAAUUUCAGGAACUAUAAAACAUCUUUUUAUGAUCUUAAUUAGAUGAAUGAAAAUAAAUCAUUAAAAUACAGUGUAGCUAAGGCCUGAUAAUGUCAGUUUUCCUAUGGCAAGGCAAAGCAAUCCAUUGUAGUGCACUUUAGGGUUUUUGUUGUGUUGUAUUUUGUGUUUUGUUUUGAGACAGGGUCUUGCUUCGUAGUUCAGGCUGGCCUUGGGGCAAUCAUCUUGCCUUGGCCUUUCAAGUGCUGGGAUUAUAGGCAUGUGCCACCACUCCCAGGUACAGUGUAUUUCUUGCCCUUUAGAGCCUCAGUAAUUUGCCUAAGAAAACUAGUGUCAAAAAAACAAGGAAAAAGUUAUAGCUGAAUCCUUUCAGGCCUAAGAAAAUAAUUUAUUUUUACUAGGUACAGUUAGACUGAAUGUCUUUCUGGGUUUAUUAAUUUUGUUUUGUUCCAGCUCCUCAUCACAGGGAUGGUGCUUAAAGAAAGAGCAGGUUGGGAUUGUAAUGCUUUUGGAUCGAGCUCCCUUCCACUUGCAGGAAUUUUUGUGAUUGUUAGUGCCACUGAGGACUACAAAUUUUUAUGCAAUAUUCUUAAUAGCCUGUUGACAUUAUGCACUUUAGUCAUUCCAAAGAAGCCAAACAGUAAUGAUUCUUUCUUACUGAAUGGAUCUUAACUAUUUAGAAUACCGUGUCCUUUUUAAUUUGGAUAUCUGACUUGGUAUAAGUAUUAUGUGGAUAUUCUCUACAGUGACCUUAUAAUGGGGCUUAGAAAUGUAACUGACUUUAAGGGGAAAUUAUUAUAGUUUAACAAUCCACUUUAGAAACAUUAAAAUGUUACUCAUCUAUAUCUUUGAGAAUGAGUUAAAGCCCAGUUUCCCUUCUGUAUAUUUUGUGUUCUUAUAUAAGAAUAUUAUAUUAUGAACGUUUCCACAUGUAAACCAUGGUUCUUAAAAGUAUGCU